ACAGUCAUUUCCUGGCAUUUUUCUAACUGGAGGUUGGGAAUAGAAGCCCCUUUUCCUCUUGGUGUCAAAACUGGCCUGUCAGCCACCACUGCCCUGCCACAUGCAGAGACUGUAAAAGAGAAAGGAACCAACUUUCAGCAAAGCUUUACUGGGAAUCCUGCUGCAGCACUAGGGAGCGAAAACAACAGAUUAUUUUACUUCAGAGCUCCCUCAGUAUAUCUUGAGAAAUUAUGGAUCGUCACAUUCCCAUGCAUGCAUUACCUGAAGAAAUCCAAAAGGUUGUUACAUAAUACUAAGCAGAGUUCCCUGUGUUAUACAAUGUCUCCUGAAGAAAAAGUUUGUAAGUACUGUGGAGUCAGCUAUCUAAUUCUACAUGAGUUUAAGGCUAUGGAAGAAAAAGUGAAAGCGAUGGAAAAAGAGAUGAAAUUUUAUCAAGGAAGUGUAGAACGUGAAAAGAGCCUUCAAGAAAUGCUACAGUCUCUUAGCCAAGAUUUUGAACAGUACAAAAUUGACAAUGAAUCUAAAAUGGAAAGAAUUCGAGAUGCAAGCAUGCAGUUAAAAAGUCACCAAAAUGACUUUCACAGAGUACAGAAAGAAUUGAGUAAGUUGCAACAUGAGUUAAAAAUUAAACAAAAACAAUCACAAAUCUUCAGUCAGAGAUUGACAGAAUACAAUUAUCUCUGGAAUAAGACUCUUUCAUUACUUACUUUUAGUAAAAGAGAGCUAACCAGUAUUAAAAAUGAAGUAUAUGAUAAUUUUCAAAACUGGACUUCACUGAAAGGAGAAGUUUUUCUACAAAUUAAAUCCAUAAGUGAAACAGCCUUGACAGAAAUAAAGAUGCUAAAUAAAAGUUUGACAGUGUCCCAGAGAAAUAAUGUAUGCCUUGAAGAGGACAUGAAAAAUCUGAAAUUGUUGUCAAAUGCAGCCAUAUUGAGAUCUCAGCAAACUGAGACAUCCAAACAACAGGAAAUGAACUUGCAAAUCAGAUGCCAUGACUUGCAAAAGGAAGUACUAGAUCUACAGUGUCAAGUUGAAGCACUUGGGCUAAAACUUCAGAAGGCAGUGACUGAGAUGGACAACUACAAAGAAAAGCUCAUGAAUAAAUCUAAUGAAGCUGAUGAGUGUCAAAGAGAACUUAGAAAACUGAAGUUCGAAUCCAUUAUUUCUGAGUCACGGCACACCAGAUUGCUUAAAGAAAAGGAAGACUCUUUAAUGACUUGUCAACAAAUAUAUAAAACUUUACAGGAAGAACUGACUGCAAAAGAAAGGCAAGAAGCUGACUUAAAAAGAAGAAUUAAUCUUGCAGAAAAUGAAGUGGAAAUAACCAAAACUCUUCUGAAUCAGACAAAGCAAGAGGUUGUAACACUGAAAAGUGAAAGGGAAUUGAUGCUGAUUUCACAUCAGAAAAGCAUGGAGCAGUUGCAGGAAACCCUUAGACAGAAGAUGCUGAACAGUGAUAACCAGAGGGAGAAGAUUGAAGCUGAACUCGCCAAGGAAAGAGCCCAACAUUUAGUUGAAUUUCAGGAGCAAGCUCUUCUCUUUAAAGAAGUUAAACUGGAACUCGAUAUUGAAAAGGAAAAACACCAAGAAAUAAUCCAAAAGUAUAAGAAAGAACAAGAAGAACUACAAAUGAAGAUAUCUGACUUAAUUGAAGGUGCUACUAAAGAUCUAAGGCUGAAAGUGGCUACUCUUGAAGAAAAACUCCAUGAAUCCCAUAUUCAAUAUACUGAAGAAUCUGAGUUAAAGGAAAAAGAAAUGGAAAACCUUAAAAAUUUUGUUGCAGAAUUUGAAUCACGCUUGAAGAAGGAAAUUGACAAUAAUGAUUCAGUUUCAGAGGACUUGAGGAAGGAAAUGAAACAGAAGUCAGAUGAACUGGAAAGAGUAAUGCUGGCACAAGCACAACUGAUACAGCAAUUCAACCAGUCCCAGAAAGAGAACACUUUUCUUCAGGAAACAGUGCGUAGAGAGUGUGAAGAACGCUUUGAACUGACGGAGGCUUUGAGUCAAGCCAGAGAACAGCUCCUGGAGCUCAGGAAGCUCGGCGGACGGUUACCCCUGUCACCAUGCCAGGGCAGCCUAACCUCCUCUGUUGCAGCUAGCAGCAGUCAGGGAGAGAAGAGGCUCGCAAGACUGAACUCCGAAAAGAGAAUCAAACUCCCCAGCCUGCACGGAGUGUCAAAACCCACCGCUUCCCCAGCCUCAACUCAGCCCAGCAGGGUCAGCAGCUCAGGUUUGCCCACAUUCCCCCAGCCACACCCUCCCCGGGGUCGACCGGCUUCAGUCAGUGAGACCCGGCAGAGACUGGCUGUCAUUCUGCAGAGGAGACUGAGUCAGCAGUGA